AUGGCCAUGAAGGAGACAGUGCUGCCCAUCAGCGAAGUGUGCAGCCCCUUCCCAGAGGUGAUUGAGCUAAAUGUUGGCGGCCAAGUGUAUGUGACCAAGCGCACCACCCUGCUCAGCGUUCCCGACACCACACUUCAUGCCAUGUUUGCACGGCGAGCACCUGGCGAGCUGCCCCGAGACAGCCGUGGCCGCUUCUUCAUCGAUCGUGAUGGUUUCCUGUUCCGCUAUGUCCUGGACUUUCUGCGUGACCGGCACGUUGUUUUGCCUGAGCACUUCCCUGAGCGUGAACGCCUGCAGCGUGAGGCUGAGCACUUCCAGCUGAAUGAGCUUUUGAGACUGCUGGGGCCACCACGUAUUGCCAAGCAGGGCUCGCUCAAUGAUGAGGGCUGCCACAGUGACAUCGAGGAGAGCUCUCAGAGUAGCGAGCUACCUGGACGCACCCCUAGUCUGGAUAAGAGGUCAGGGUUCAUCACCCUUGGCUACCGUGGCUCCUAUACCACAGUGAGGGACAACCAAGCAGAUGCCAAGUUCCGACGCGUAGCAAGGAUCAUGGUGUGUGGACGUAUCGCUCUGGCCAAAGAGGUGUUCGGUGAGAGUCUGAACGAGAGCCGUGACCCAGACCGGCCACCAGAGAAGUACACUUCACGCUUCUACCUGAAGUUCACCUAUCUAGAGCAGGCCUUUGAUAGACUGAGCGAGGCUGGCUUUCACAUGGUGGCUUGCAAUUCUACAGGGACAUCUGCCUUUGUUAACCACUACAGAGAUGAUAAGAUUUGGAGUAGCUACACUGAAUACAUCUUCUUCAGGCCCGCCUGCAGGACCAUGUCCCCGAGGGCAGAGUGUGAGGAACCCAAGCCUGAGAAGCUAGCAGACAAGGGCAGUGAAAGUGGAGCUUCCUUGAACGAAUUGUCCACCUCCAGCUCAGAGACCCACUCAGAGGCCACAUCACCCCAGGAUGGAGGCUCCAUCUUGGUGCCUCGUGAGGAAGUAGUUGGAGGCUCCCUGGCACCCUGUGGAGCCCUACAUUCAGUAUCUCGUCCCCCCAGUACCCUCACUCUCGGCAGGCCUCCCAAGAAGGGGGCCUCCGUGCAGUGGAUGGAGCUUCCAGAUAAAAGACGCAACAGCGAGCUCUUUCAGUCAUUGACCAGUGGUGUGGGGCUACGUGAGGGUGGACUCGUGCGCAGAAAGACUCUGGAAAGACCCAACACUCAAGAGGAGAUGAAGCAGUGCAUUCGGGAUUUCCGCAAGAUCAGGAUUCCUCAGGCAUUCCCAGAACGGAAGCGCCAGUGGCAGUCAGAAUUGCUCCAGAAAUAUGGGCUCUAG